AUGGCGGUCGAAAAACAGGGAACCGCGUUGGACGCGGUCAAUUCCCAAAGCACAAGAACUCUUUUGAGAACCAUCAUUCUUUUCUUGAUCGCUGGCGCUGCAAUUGCCAGCCGUCUCUUCUCCGUCAUUCGAUUCGAGAGUAUUAUUCACGAAUUCGACCCCUGGUUCAACUUCCGCGCAACCAAGUACCUCGUUGCCAAUGGCUUCUACAAGUUCUGGGACUGGUUCGAUGACCGCACAUGGCACCCGCUUGGCCGCGUUACUGGCGGUACUCUGUACCCCGGUCUCAUGGUCACCUCGGGCCUCAUCUACCACGCUCUCAAGGCCUUGACUGUCCCCGUCGAUAUUCGAAACAUUUGCGUUCUCCUCGCCCCCGCCUUCUCCGGAUUGACGGCGUUCGCUUCUUACCUCCUUACCAAUGAAAUGACCACUUCGCCAUCAGCUGGCCUCUUGGCUGCGGCUUUCAUGGGUAUCGCCCCCGGUUACAUCUCUCGAUCCGUGGCUGGCAGCUACGACAACGAAGCCAUCGCUAUUUUCCUUUUAGUUUUCACGUUCUACCUCUGGAUCAAGGCCCUGAAGCUCGGCUCUAUGCUUUGGGGUGCCGUCUGCGCCCUCUUUUACGGAUACAUGGUGUCGUCUUGGGGUGGUUACGCCUUCAUCACCUGUCUGCUGCCCAUGCAUGCGCUCGUUUUGAUCUGUAUGGGACGCUACAGCACUCGUCUCUAUGUGAGCUACACCACAUGGUACGCUCUCGGAACGCUUGCUAGUAUGCAGAUUCCAUUUGUCGGCUUCCUGCCCGUCAAGACCAGCGAGCACAUGCCCGCUCUUGGCAUCUUCGGUUUCCUGCAGUUCAUCGGCUUUAUCCAGUACAUCCGCUCCGCCAUCUCUGGUAAACAGUUCCAGACCUUCCUGGCCACCAUCGUUAUUGGCACGUUUGGCGUUGGCCUCUUUGGUCUCGUCGCCCUCACCUCGCUUGGCUAUAUUGCUCCUUGGGGUGGUCGUUUCUACUCUCUCUGGGAUACCAGCUACGCCAAGAUUCACAUUCCCAUCAUUGCGUCCGUCUCCGAGCAUCAGCCCACUGCAUGGCCCGCUUUCUUCUUUGAUCUCAGCAUGCUGAUCUGGCUGUUCCCUGCCGGUGUCUACCUGUGCUUCAACGACCUCAAGGAUGAGCACGUCUUCGUUGUCGUCUAUGCUCUGUUUGGCAGCUACUUUGCUGGUGUCAUGGUCCGUCUCAUGCUUACACUGACACCUGUCGUCUGUGUUGCUGCCGCCAUUGCCGCCUCGCAGAUUCUAGAUACUUACCUGUCUGUCGACACCCCCACCGAAGCCGAAGUCGAGAGCGCCGAGGCUGCAGCCAAGAAGCCAGCUAAGACUAGCGGCCUCCGUGGCAGCGAAAAACCUAUUCUAGGUGUCUUUGGCAAAGGGUCCAAGAUUUCGGUUGUUUCCGCCAUGACAGUUUAUCUUCUCAUGUUUGUCACUCACUGCACCUGGGUUACCUCGAACGCGUACUCCUCGCCUUCAGUCGUGCUGGCUAGCCGCAUGCCUGAUGGAUCCCAGCACAUCAUCGAUGACUACCGUGAGGCUUACCAGUGGCUGCGCCAGAACACCAAGGAGGACGCCAAGAUUAUGUCUUGGUGGGACUAUGGCUACCAGAUUGGUGGCAUGGCCGAUCGCCCCACUCUUGUUGACAACAAUACCUGGAACAACACUCACAUUGCCACUGUCGGCAAGGCCAUGAGCUCCCGCGAAGAGGUUAGCUACCCCAUCAUGCGUCAGCACGAGGUUGACUACGUCCUGGUGGUGUUCGGUGGCCUCCUCGGGUACUCCGGAGACGAUAUCAACAAGUUCCUAUGGAUGGUCCGUAUUGCCGAGGGUAUCUGGCCCGAUGAGGUCAAGGAGCGCAACUUCUUCACCGAGCGUGGCGAGUACAGAGUGGACGAGGGCGCCACCGACACCAUGAAGAACAGCUUGAUGUACAAGCUUUCCUACUACAACUUCCACACCAUGUUCCCUCCUGGCCAAGCUGCUGAUCGCGUCCGCAACGUUCGCCUGCCUAGCCAGGGUCCUGUCCUCAACACGCUUGAGGAGGCCUUUACGAGUGAGAACUGGAUUAUCCGCGUGUACAAGGUCAAGGACUUGGACAACGUCGGUCGUGACCACGCCGCAGCUGCCGCGUUUGAGCGUGGCCAGAAGAAGAAGAAGGCUUCCAAGAAGUCGGGGCCUCGCGUUCUCCGCGUUGACUAA